AGCGCGGCACCGCCUCCCGCCCGUCCCCCCCCCUCCCCUCCCGGCGGCGCGGCUCCCGCUGCCCCGCUCCGCCUGCGCCGCCCCGCCAUGGAACAGGGGCCAGCGGGAGGGUCCGCCGCCGCCGCUGCUGCCGCCGCCGCCGGUACCGGGGGUUUGCUGCUGCCGCUGAGCGAGAGCGAGCAGCAGCGCUACUCCGAGCUCUUCUCGCGGUGCUGCCCGCCCCCCGAGGCGGCCGCCGGGGGCAGCAGCGUGGGCGAGCUGUUCCGGGCCUCGCAGCUGCCCCCGGACACGCUGCACCAGAUUACAGAAGUUUGUGGAGCCAAGCGCGUGGGUUAUUUUGGUCCCGCUCAAUUUUAUAUUGCUUUGAAGUUAAUUGCGGCAGCGCAGUCAGGGUUCCCAGUACGGAUUGAGAGCAUUAAGAAUGAAUUGCCUCUGCCGCGGUUUAUGGCGCUGAAAAAUGACAGUGAAGUACGUUACGGGACUCCAGCAGAACUCCAUGGAGUUAAAUUUCAGGUUCCACAUGCAACUUUGGAAAAAAAUUCCUACAAAAGAACAGACGAAGGGGACAAACAGGAACCCAAGUCUCCACCCAUGUCUCCGAUCUGCUCACCUCCUGCUUCUCCGUCCACUUACCAGAGAAUACCUUUAAGUUAUGGAUAUGGUAAAUCAAGAAGCGGGCUGGAGCAGCAGCAUGCAGCUCCUUACGAAGUCAGACACUCUGCUCACCAGCAAGACGGACCAUCAUCAGGGAAUUACGGACCCAAACCUGCACUCGCCUCUUCAACUCUUAAUCGGUCUCUUUCAGCGGAGCGGGAGCAGCCGGAGAGCAGCACCCACUACUCGGAUGACCCUUGGAGGAUAACGGAGGAGCAGCGAGACUACUACAUCAACCAGUUCAGGUCCCUGCAGCCCGACCUCAACUCCUUUAUUUCAGGUUCUGUGGCAAAGAAUUUCUUCACAAAAUCAAAGCUGCCCAUCCCAGAGCUUUCUCAUAUCUGGGAGCUGAGCGACGUGGAUUGCGACGGGGCACUGACACUCCCGGAGUUUUGUGCCGCUUUCCACCUUGUGGUUGCGAGGAAGAAUGGUUACCAGCUGCCGGAGACGCUGCCGGAGACGCUGCAGCCCGAGUACCUUCAAGCAGCUUCUCUGAAGCCCAUGCGUGACUGCGCACUGUUUGAUUCUUAUUCUGAGUCGUUGCCAGGCGGUCAGCAGGCUCGAGACUUCAGUCGGACGGAGAAGGCAUCAGCUGAAGAGGUACCUGAUAACUCUGCCCUGUUACAAGAUGCAAAGAAAGAGGACAAACAAGCUCUCAAAGUAAGCACUCCUCUCAAAACGAUACCAAAGGAAUUUCAGCACUUGACUGUGAAAACAGCUGCUCAGGAAUCUAAUGCACUCAGAGCCAGACCACGAUCCAGGUCUUAUUCUAGCACAUCAAUAGAAGAUGCUAUGAAAAAGGGAGAAGAGCCCCCUACUCCACCUCCAAGGCCACAGAAAUCACAUUCCAGAGCUUCCUCUUUGGAUCUGAACAAAAUAUUUCAACAGAACGCACAAGCUGUGAGGUCUGGCUGGCUGCCCCCACCACCGCCUGCAUUGCCCCCUCGACCUUCUGUGUCUCAGACAGAGCAAGUAUCUGAGGUUGAAUUACAUCCUCAGAUGAAUAGACCCCCAUCGCAGGCAGAAGAAAACAGUUCAGCAAAAAAGGAGGUUGUUCUCGCUCAGCCGCCCUCCAAACCCACCCGCAGGAAGCUCCGGACAGAGACGCAGGGGCUGGAGACCCCCGAGCUUUCUCCCACCAUAAGUGUGACUUCUUCCCUGCCAGCAGUCAAGCCUCACCUCCCAGUCCAAAAACAGUCUUCCAAGCAGAAAAGGGCUAUUCAGACCGCUAUACGAAAAAACAAAGAAGCCAAUGCUGUGCUUGCCAGGUUGAACAGUGAGCUCCAACAGCAGCUGAAGGAGGUUCACAAGGAGCGCAUUGCCUUGGAAACGCAGCUGGAGCAGCUACGUCCCGUCACCGUCUUGUGACCUCCCGCACUGCCGGCGAGAGCGGAGCCCGUGUCCUGAUAGCCUUGCCGAGGAGAGGAGGGCAGCGCGGCUGGGCAGGCUGUCUGCCGAGGUGGGGGCGGUGGGGUGGACCACCUUGUCGGGUCUCCCUUCACCUCGCUUGCAUGCCUCGGCCUCUGCAGGUAAAGAAGGUACAGAAAAAGAAUAAUCUGACUGCAGAGGGAUGCUUCGCCUUCUUUCCUCCCUCUUCCCAGCCUAAUGUGUAAAUGCCGUUUAUCACUGAAAUGAAUAACCUGAGAGUAUUUUAUUUAUGUAAAGAAUUCCUGAUUUAUACGCGUUCUGGCAGCACCUCCUGCCCCGGUCAUUAAGAGGUACAGCAUUCCUGAAUUCUUGCUUAAAUUUAAACCUCAUCCUCUGAGAUGGGCUUCUGGAUGUUGUUGGUUCCUGUAGGAUUGUAUCAUGAUAGAGUACCUGUGGGUUUAAUGUGCUACAAGAAUAAAACUCACUAGACGUACAGUCUUUAUCCGCAGUCACGUGUCAGAUGAUAAUUAUUUUCUUAGCACUGUUUAUUAUGCAAUCACGGAUGUAUUUUAAUGUUAGAGAGCUUGUAUUUUAUAAGUUCAAAUCAUAUCAGAGAACAGUAAAAAAUACUAAAAUUUAAUUAUUUUGGAAAUUACAAAAAAAAUAUAAUCUGUUUUUUGAGCUAUAACUGUUUCCUAUCACCAGUGUUUGAUCACUUGCUUGCAACUGCCAGUAUCUCUGCAUACUUGUAGCAUGUUUGAGAUCACUGGUUUGUAGCUUUUUUUUCUUCUUUUUUUUUUAAUCCACAGUGUAUUUCUAACAAGAGGUUAAAAAUGCCUUUGGGGCAUUUUUAUAAAAUCUGUUCUAUGUACAUUUGUAUUAGUCUGCUUUGUUUUCUUAAUAGCUGCUGAUUUGUUUUAAGGACGUGUACAAGAACUGUGUUUCCAAAAGAAGACAGAUAGCAAAAGUGCUAUAUAUGAGGUGAUAAAAUGUGUGAUGGAAAUAAUUGCCUCCUACAACGGGCUUUCUUUAAGGUUCCUUUGCACCUCGCUGGAGAUGCUACUGAUAGGGUGAAGCUGCUAAUACCCAUCUGCUUUCUAAAUGAAGAAGCAAAGAUUAAUUUUUUUUAACCUGCGUGUGACCCAGGGCCAGCUGAAUUCAGUGGGAAUUUUCCCAUGGAUGCAGUGGGUUUCGGUUUCACUCUCAUUUCUCGCAAUGGCAGACGGCUGACUAAUGUUGCUUUAUUUCUUGGGGGACUUCAGAAAUGACGAUAUCAGUCCUGCUCCCUCCGUGGGUGUGAUGUGUGCUUCGCUGCAAGGGAAUGUCACCUACCUGUUACCCAUCUUAAACGUGCCACUGCACCUGUUUCAUGCAUACCCUGUUGUUCAUUGACCUAAUAUAAGCGCACGCGUUUGCCUUGCGGAAGCGGCGCAGCAGUUUUUUACCAUUGUUGGUGUGCUGCUUUCUCUCUUGUAGCUGUAGGAUGGCCCUAGGGCUGAGAGGAAGGAGAGGAAGGGUUUGAAGCAGCUGGGUAGCCUGCUCUCAGGGUGCAUCGUGAACUGGCUGCAGUGGGGUAUCAGAGGACACCAGAGCAGCCGAAAGUUCUGUUGAGAGAUAAGACAGACAUCAACGGGAAUUUUUGAAGUGAUGAGGAAGCAGCCUGCUUUUGCUGAAAGGGAUGUGGAUGUGGGACGUGGAUCCAGAAGCCUGAAGGUGAAAGUAAGCAUUUGCAGAAUUGUUACUGAAAGCCUGUUUUUGUAACGCAUCGGUUUCGAUUCAACUAAGUACCGCUAUGUCAACAAGCAGCAACCCUUUCUCUGGAUUUGGGACUUCUUUUGUGCAGCUGUUGCAUAGCUGGGGGUCAGAGGGUCAUUCCUGGUCAGUGGCAAAAUACGAGAACUGCAAACUUUUCUGGGAAGCUGCAAAGCAGACGCUGCCCUCCUGCUAGUGGCGGGACUCUUCAGAAGUUAUCAUCUUUCAUUUCAUAACACUGAGUCAUUCCUGAGAUGAAGUACUCUUUCUUUCUUUGCUUUUUAGUUCUUGCAUUGUCAUUUGGUUAACAAACCCCUACUAGUCGAUAGAAAAUAAUCACAUGGCACCUUUUUUUUUUUUUAUCUUAUAGGUGAUUUUUAAGGAAAGCUUUUUAAUGAUGACAAAUAAAUGUGCACGUUGCAUUUUUAAGGCAGUGGAUGGCUUUCUCAUGUUUGAUAGGAGCUUCCUCUAGAAUAAUCCUCCAUUUAUUUCCCUUGGGUUAUUCAUGAAAUAGACGCUGUUCAAAGGUAGAGUGGAAAAGUCUGGUUUAUGUGUCUUUUUCAGAUGUCUCCCUUCUAACGUACAGAGGUUUUUUUCAUUCACUGGAAAUUAGGACUUGGUUGGUCAACGAUGAAAUAUUUUCUUAGUUGUUACUUUACCACAGAACUUAACAGAUUUAAAAUCUUACCAUCCUUGCAUUUUUUAGGGAUGCGACCAAAUACCCCACUCAGCUUCAAGAUGUAGGGUGUGAGUUGAUUUGUAUUGUGUUUGAUGAAGUUUUGGCUAUGAUGAUGAUACACUACUUCACCUGGAGAGUAAAGUGAAACAUUUAAGGAGAAAUGUUUGUGGGUUUUACAUACGAUGCAGGAAGUUAUUAUUCUUCCGUAUGUCUCAGUACUUAAGCAUUCAUGACAGCCCGUGUAGAAUGAAAAAGUGUUUCUGGUUUUUGGGGCCUGUUAGCAUUUUGAGAUGGAGAGGAGAAGGUAUCAUGAAGCCGUAAGACCGUGCUUCUGGCAGUUGCUCCAUGCAGCCACCCUUAUGGCUGCUAUUAACAGGCCAUGGCUGGUCAAAAUUCGCACCUAAAUCCAGUAUCACAGAUUUUCUCAAAAAAUAUUUUUCCUUUAGAAAAAUGUGGGUGCAGCGAAAUCAUCAUUUCUUGCAGAAACCUUUUACGUUCUGAAACUUUGGAUGGGAGAUGCUCCGAGCCCCAGGAGAGACCAUCGGGGUCAGCAAGGGAGACCUCACACGCAGUGUGCUCAGCGUCCAGGGCGCUUUCUUGAGCUAGGGGAGAGCAGUCAGCUUUAAGCCCCUGAUGUGCCUGACCCAGAGCAGCAACCAGGAACUGCCUGUCCCCACUCACAGCCUGACCAAGGAGCGAGAGCAGCUUCCCGUGCGGGAAGGUCUCACUCUUCUCAGUUCAUGGUUUCAGUAGGUAGUUAUGCAGAGCAGAACAUGCCCAGCAAGAGAGGGUACCUGGGAACAGGAGCUGGGGCAUGGCUUCCUUGCAUCAGUGAGGAUGUGCAGGCCAUGUGCCCCUUUCUAAGUCUUCAGUUUUCUGCAGCUAUUCCAGUUUGGACAAUUAAAUAUUUUUUCCAAGGACAAGACUAGGUAGAGCAGAGUAGGUCUUACACGAGCUUUUCCACAUCCCAGGUAAGGAUCUUCCUCAGUGGGGGCAUGUGUUACGUGUGUGUAAACCUGCACUCAUGGCUCUUCCUUUAGAUCGUGCGUUUCUUUAUGAAUCUCUUCAUGUUUCACACGAUACCUUCCUAUGAAGUAUGUGUUUCAAUACAUGCUAAUUCAGUGGUGAAAAACGCCCAGCUAAGUGUAGUGACUGGUUGCCUUUGUAGAUAAAGCCUUUUUUUUUUUUUUGAGACUUUAAAUAUAAAUAAUGACCUAGUAAUUAAGCAAGGCAAACAGUUUCCAUGUCAGGGGCAUUCCUUUUAACAAACUGCCUGUGAACAAACAUUAAUCCUUAAUGAUCAAUGUCCUUCUCCUAGUUAUUAAAUUUAUAGUAGGAUGCAGUGGAAACAUUACCACCUCUUUCCAGACAGUUCUUGGUUCUCUCUUCCAGAGAGAUGGAGCGAAAACAUCAGUGAUUAGUGGGUUCGGCCAUGUUAUUCCUAAAUUGGUGAACGUACUUUUUAACUCAAAAUAUUAUCUCCAGACUGUUUUUAUGUGCAUGGCAGUAGUUCUGCUGCUGGGAAUUCUGUAUCCACAUCGGGGAGAGGAACUUGUUUGCCUGUCACCCAGACAGUCACAGCUUGACACUGCCAGGGCUGACCGGCGCGGGGUGGUGACGACUUGGCACGGUAAAAGAACCCCAAAGGGAUGGUUGGGACUGGGAACCCUUCACAGGAAGCAUUUAGGAUUGGGCAUGAUGUGAAAAUUGCCUUUUGAUGGUGUGUAAGCUGCUUUCCUCCCAGCUGAGCUUCCAGAUGAGGAGAAGGAGAGCCUGAAAAGUUGCUAGCGAGGGAAGGAGGGCUGUCUGUUUCCCAGCACCGUCAGCCCUUCAGCACACACAGUCCUUGACAAGAGAAUACACGGGGUUGUAAGAGAAGGAAAAGAGGCCCUCGUGAAGCCACACCAUUUGUUGACUAAAGAGUAAAAGUAUUUUUUCAGGGGAAGAAAACCCCACCCAACAAACAAGCGAUGUGGUGCCUUUGAUGUAUUUUGAAGCUUUUUCCAGUUAUCUUCAUGAUAACAUGCUAUGAACAUACGCAUUGUGUUUUAUUCUGUUACUGAUUUUUUUAUAUCAAAAAAAUGGUAUUGCAAGCAUUAUCGUUGUUAAUCUAAAAAAAAAUACCCUGAGGCUAUUAUAUAUUUGAAUUCUAACUUAUAAAGUAGAUAGCCAGAUUUAAGCAAUUUGUUUUCACAGCUGCAGACUGUCCACGUGGUAAGCUGCAAAAUGUAUAGUGUUCUAUACUAUGCCCAUCUAAUUUUGGAAAAUGUAUGUGAUAUGGAGCUGGGUGCUACAUUAAAAUAAAAGCGUCCAAUAACUUCAAA